AUGUGUAGAAAUAAAAAAAACGACGAGUCUACUGAUUUGGAGGUUGUCGACUUGACCGACAAUGCUAAUGAAAGCUAUCAUGACGAUAUAGAUCAAGUUAUGCAAAAUGUUAACAAUAUUAAAUCGAAUUUGGGUUCAAUUGCUAAAUCAUUUUUCAAUUUUACUAGUGAUUCAGUAAGUGACAUUAACAGUAAGGCUAAGGACUAUUCGAUGAAUUGGUUGUCAGAGGUUGAUGACGAGUCAAAUGAACAUGUCAAUGAAAUCCGUAAGCACCUCAAAAAGUUUUUUAAUGAUUUUGAGCCUAAAGUAGAUGAGUAUUUCCCCAAACCCUACCAAAGUAGAAGAAACAGCAACAGUGAUGAUCAAUUCCCAUUGCAAUUCUCUCCAUGGCUACCAGGUAGAGAUCAUUUCCCUCAUUUCUUCGGAGGAUCCAGAAAAUGUGGCAAGACACCAUUUGGGUUCUAUUCAUACAAGACUCCAUCAAUUAGACACUACCACGAAUGUAUUGAUAAGAAAGGUGAGUCUGUGUGGGAUUCCCAUGGGUAUUGGAGAUGUUUAUUUCCAAAUUCAGAGGUACCCAAUGAGUUAUUGAAGUUAAAGAAUGAAAAGCUUGGUUCUGAAAUUUUAACCAAGGAAGACUUUAAUAAUGCAUUGACUAGCGAACAAAGUUCUGAGAGAGAUGGUGUUAUUGACUUAGGUGAAAAAGGUAUCUAUUUUAAGCAAUUCACGGACUUUUUGAACUGGAAAAGCAUAAUGUACGAAAACGUUAAGCGGGAAAAGGAAAAGAAAAGACAGGAGCUCAUUGAAAGAAGAAAACAGCAGGCGCAAGAAUGGAAAGGUUAUAACGCUCCUGGCGGAGAGAUGACCAAUGACAAGUCAGUUAUUUCGAGUUCAGUGCAAUCGAGCUUAAGUUCGAAUAUGGAUUCGAAUGAAUGCGUCUUAAAUGAAACAAGAACAGAGUAUUAUAAUGAUGGUACUUCAUGUACGAAAACAAUUACCAAAUCGAGACCAUUUGAUGCAAGAGAUUGGGUUAAUGUGACUGAGAAUGUCGAGCAUAAUAAUACCAGCAAUGGUAAAAAUGGAUGGUUUUGGAAUUCAAAGGAUAAUUAG